ACGUCAUGAUCUUAUCCAUUCAUCAUCCCAGCCUCCAACGCCAACUCCUCCCACCAAUGCUCAUCCACGCUGCCCUCUCACCAGUGCACCACCCAUGGCUCCUGUUGCUGGUGAACCAGAACAACGUUACUGCCCAAAAGGUGGUGCCAAUGGCCGGUUUUCGGCACCGAAGGCCUUCGGAGGUGCACCGGUGCCGGAGGGCGGAGCGUGGCUCAUGCAAUGCAAGAAGGAGAGUAAGAUAUGAAGAUGAUGAGAUGGAGGGUGAGGACUAUGGGCGCAAUUCAGAGAUUGAAAUGCUGGAAACUUACAGCCAGUCGGCUAGAAAUCAGGCCCUCUUGGUGCGAGCCACUGUUGAUGGUGAAGAGGAGGUGGUGCUAAUCUUUAAGGGGUUCUCAUCUUGUUUAAGCUCCCGAACUGCAUCAGACCCAUCGAAGAGUGUUCUUCCAGGCAAGGCAGUCAUCCAAUCCAUCGAUGUUAUCAAGGGUCCAUUUGAUCCUUGCAACAUUGAAUAUCUAGAGAAGAACUUGACGUGGGAGGCCUUCAAAGCUCGUCUCCAAUCUAACUAGCUUCAAGUUUUUCGUUAAGUAUUAAAGGAAAAAAUAUUGGCAGCCGUACAUCUCAUAUACAAAUUGCACUUAAAUUUAGAUCUUGACUUCUUUUUCGAUGAUCCUUUCUCUGGUUUUGAGUUCCUGAGGGCUUUCAAAAGAAUUACUCGGAAUUCUAAUUCGGAAGUUUCCCAUUUGAUCUUUGAUACUGCAGUUAAUACUACAGCUUUAUAGCCUUUUUUAUACCUGCAAUUAAUACUGCAGUUAAUAUUAUACA